AUGCCUCCAGUUUUACAAGUAAAAUUUGAUAGUGGAGUAUUGCUGCUUAGCACACACAGACUAAUCUGGAGGGAUCAGAAGAAUCAUGAGUGCUGCAUUGCUAUACCUCUGUCUCAGGUUGUCUUUAUUGAAGAGCAGGCAGCUGGGAUAGGAAAAAGUGCCAAAAUAGUAGUUCAUCUUCAUCCUGCUGCUUCAAACAAAGAGCCUGGUCCAUUCCAGAGCAGCAAAUAUUCCUACAUCAAACUUUCUUUCAAAGAACACGGGCAGAUUGAGUUCUAUAGACGAUUAUCAGAAGAAAUCACACAAAGGAGAUGGGAGAACAUGCCUACUGGUCAGACCGUUCAAGUUAACAAGGGUCCACAGGCAGGAAGAAUAAGAGCUGUAGGAAUUGUAGGGAUCGAAAGGAAACUAGAGGAAAAAAGAAAAGAAACCGACAAAAACAUUUCUGAGGCUUUUGAGGAUCUUAGCAAACUAAUGGAGAAGGCUAAAGAAAUGGUGGAGUUAUCCAAGUCAAUAGCUAAUAAGAUUAAAGAAAAACAAGGUGACAUCACUGAGGAUGAGACUAUUAGGUUCAAGUCAUAUCUACUGAGUAUGGGUAUAGCUAAUCCAGUUACUAGGGAAACAUAUGGAUCUGGUACACAUUACCACAUGCAACUGGCGAAGCAACUAGCUGGAAUACUGCAGACACCAUUAGAGGAGCGAGGAGGGAUCAUGUCACUUACAGAAGUGUACUGUCUGGUAAAUCGUGCAAGAGGAUUAGAGUUGCUGUCACCAGAAGAUUUAGUAAAUGCGUGUAAGAUGCUGGAGUCACUGAAAUUACCACUAAGGCUUCGGAUAUUUGACAGUGGUGUGAUGGUGAUUGAACUCCAGUCUCAUAAUGAAGAGGAAAUGGUAGCUUCUGCUUUAGAGACAGUAUCUGAAAAAGGUUCUCUCACAGCUGAUGAGUUUGCUAAGUUGGUGGGGAUGUCUGUUCUCUUAGCCAAAGAAAGGCUGCUUCUUGCUGAAAAGAUGGGCCAUCUUUGCAGAGAUGAUUCAGUGGAAGGCUUGAGAUUCUACCCAAAUUUAUUUCUGACGCAAAGCUAAUGUAGUUUGUGUACAGUUUGUUAUAUAACACCUGAAGAAGAGAGCAGAGGGCAGAACUCUUCCAACAACUGACUUUAAAGUUUUAAUUUUGUCGGUCAACUGCAACAGUGAUGAACAUUGCAAUGCUUUACAGUUCUCAGGUAUUUCAAGUGCUGAAUCCUCUUACAUGGAACUGAAAGGAAAUAGGAAUCACUAAGUCAGAAGCAUGUUAAUUGUCUCAAGCUGGCUAGCUCAUGUUUCAAGUUUUAUUUGAUGUGCUCUGUAGUUUCUCAUUUCAAGAGAAUUCAGAUGAAGAUUCCACACAAGUGAAAGUGGAGAGAAUAUCCCUGUAGUCUGCCAUAAGGGUCAGCACCAGAAGACAGGUUACUGCAUACUCCAAUUUCAGUUUGUUUAUGUCUAGAGCAACAAAGCAGACAGAUGUAUCCGUAGCGAUAAGAAAAGUGACUUUGGUGUGUACUGAGGUAUAAGGAACAAACCAGUGUAGGAUAACCCCUUCUCCCUGAAGUCAUGAAGGCUCUCGGGGUUCUUGUACUUUGAGACAGAAGGAACCUGCUGCAGGAGAGAUGAGCAUGUUAUGUGACUCUAGAAAACAUGGUGUUUAUUUUGUCAUGUCUUAUGCUGCUAUCUCGUAUAGAAGCAUUGUGAGCACAGACCUCCUCCCUUCUCUUUCCUUGCCAUCUUCCUUCCUGUCUUGUUAUGUUGCACUUUGGGUGCCCUUUCUCUGUCCUCCUUUACAUAGCAGAGCAUAGUAGCCUCCUGUCACUCUACCAGACUCUCUGCUUCAAUGUGCUUGGUUUUUGUCUUGUACUUCUAAUGAAAGAUCAUUUGUUUGUUUCACCAGCCUAUUGCCUGUUUUGGAGAGACAGUUCAUUUGCUUGUUUCUUGUACGCAAAAAUUAAUACGCUUUCAGUAUUGAAGGGGGGAAGAAGACUAUAGCCCUGUGUUCAAUAGUCACGAGGUAUCAUAUUGUUUGGUAUUCCUCACCCUGUGUUCACACUGAAUGCAAUUUGAUAGCCUCAGUUUUCAUAACUCCAGUGGAGUUGUUACGUUACUUGAAGAUCUGUUGUCAUGGUAAUAACAGUAAGUGGAUGUUUACGAUCCACAUCACUUAAAUUUUUGGCAUUUUGAAGUGACCAGGUUUAAUAAGUAACAAAAUUCAUUCAAAAUACAGGCAAGGACAACAUAUAGGUAACCACAUUGUGUUUGUAAUGGCCAAAUGGACAUUACAAAAAAGGAGAGAGAGGCUUUUAAGAGCCUGAAAAUAUUUUCAGAACUAUUUCAGUGUUACCAUAGCUUAGACAAGCGUUAAGAGCCUGCCAAUGAGGAGUUCAGUGCACAGAUCCCUGCAGCGACGAUGCUUUUGGUUCAUAGGAUGCUCACUUAGAUCCAGGGAAUUGUGUCCUCUUAUGCUUGUCACGAACACGCUUUUAUGCAGUGCUUUCUUUAGGGCAGUUUUCCUCUGUUUCAUGAAGGUGCUAAAACUAAUGUAUUUGACACAGCUGAAGAAACCAGUUCCACACUGUUCUUACUGUGUUAAGCGUUUAGUAUCAUCUCUUCAGGAGUCUUGUGGCUUGCUGCUUUGCUUCAUCCUCCCCACAACCCACAGAAGAGACCUAUGCGAGGUACGCCAAGCAUCACGCAUCUAAGGAGGGACUGAAAAGUCAGACAUUCAGAAGCAAAAAGCUGGUUUGUGACAACUGUUUCUUUUGCCCGAUACCCAAACCUGUCAAGGGAGAGACCGGUAGUUUAUGGGCCUGAACCUCUCCCCGCAAGGGGGCAUGUCUUCUGCAGAAAGAACAAAACCAGAAGGGAAACGCCACGUGUAAAUUCCCAGCCUUCGUUGCUCCAACCCUGAGCAUUUCAUUCUCUUAAUUAAGCAAUAACAACACAGCCUAUUUAGAAUGAUGGUACCUUUUCGAGCUUUUCUUUCCCAAGAUUUUUCCUUGACUUUUUUUUUUUUUUCCUACAGGGAAGAAAUCUAUAGGGCAAAUUGUAUAGCUGGUUUAGAAUUAAAACAUACACAUGAGAAAAUGACCGCUGGAAAGUAAUAAAAAUUAAAAGAUUUUCAUAAAGAGACUGUUCUGUUG